GGUCGUGUAUCAUCUCGCAUCUGCCAACAUGGUCUCACGUGUCCACUUCCCAAGCCUAUCUUUAUGACCAUGCCUUUCUGCAAGGUCCUGUUAUUCUUAGUUAAGCAAUAAUUUCUCUUAUGAAAGAUAGUGGGUGUAUUAAUAUUCUUUCUUUUUAUUUCCAGACCCAAAAAUGAGUACAUAUAUUCCAUUUUUUGUUGUCUGAUUUUGCUCUUGUCCUCUGCAAUAAGUCCACCAUCUCAGACAUAGAAACAGAAACAGUGUUAUCCUGGGAACAACCUUGAGGGUACAGCCUGCAGAGAUCAACGUGCCUAAAGAUUAAGAAGAUGUACACGUUCUCUGCUCAUGUUGCUUUUCUUGCUUGACAACCCAUUGCCAGACUGUCAAUUACUGGGACCAGAAAUCAUUGAAGAGAGUGAGGGUGAUGGAGCAAUUUACAAGAGACCCUCGUGGCUCGCUCGAAGUGUUCAACCCUUCUUCCUCCAACUCCACCACCGAGAAAACAGUCAACUCGCCGUUGCGUUCCAAUUCCUCGUGGAAGACAUGGAUGGAACCAAUCGCCGGCGACUCCAUUCCUUCCGAUGAAAUCACCAACACCUCCUGGAUGGCCCUCAAGGAUCCCAUUCCAAGGUCGCCGCCGAAACUCGCAGCCGUCCUCGGCGAUCCUGUGCCGGCGGAGGGAGAAUCCGACGCGGCGGCUCAGAGAGCUGCGGAGUGGGGUUUGGUGCUGAAAAAGGAUACGGAGACCGGAAAGACGCAGGGAGUGGUGGUUCGGAACUCCGGCGGUUCUGAGCCGAGCGCGAAGGUCGCCGGCUGUUCGAGGAGGGACUCGAACAACUCCGUGAGGAGCUCCGGCGAAUUCUCCGACGAAGGCGGCAUGGAAUCCCGGGGAAUACCUAGGGUUUCGGAGGACUUGAGGGACGCUUUAUCGGCGUUUCAACAAACUUUCGUCGUUUCGGAUGCUACCAAACCCGAUUACCCGAUUAUGUAUGCCAGUGCCGGGUUCUUUAAGAUGACGGGUUAUACAUCCAAGGAGGUCAUAGGGAGGAACUGUCGGUUUUUACAGGGAGCGGAUACGGGUCCUGAUGACGUGGCAAAGAUAAGGGAAGCGCUGCAAACAGGGAUUACUUACUGUGGAAGGUUACUGAAUUACAAGAAGGAUGGGACACCCUUUUGGAACCUUCUCACUAUUGCACCCAUUAAGGACGACGAUGGCAAAGUACUCAAAUUUAUCGGAAUGCAAGUGGAGGUUAGCAAGCAUACGGAGGGGUCCAAGGAAAAGAUGAUACGUCCCAAUGGAUUGCCCGAAUCCUUGAUUCGAUAUGAUGCUCGUCAGAAAGAGAAGGCAAACACUUCAGUAUCUGAGUUGGUACAAGCCGUGAGGCGUCCACGGGCAUUGAGUGAAUCAGCAAACCGUCCCUUGAUCAAAAAAUCAGCAUGUGAUGAUGAUGAUGAUUCUGAAGACAAAGCAAAAAAUUCAUCAAGGAGAAAAUCUGAGAGUGUUGCUUCAUUUAGACGUAAAUCACAUGCAGGUGACAGAAAUUCAAUGCAGCCAAUCAUUGAGCUUUCUGAAAAGAAACACAAAAAUUCUCGUCGCCGUUCUUUCAUGGGGUUCAUCAGGAAAAUUCAGUCCAGUAACGAAGGCUGCAAUGAUGAACAAGCUGUUGAGGAUAGCUCUGAGACUAGUGAUGAUGAUGAGAGGCCUGAUAGUUUUGAUAAAAAGAUACUGAAGAGGGAAAAAAGAAAGGGUCUUGAUCUUGCUACCACUCUUGAACGUAUCGAGAAGAACUUUGUCAUUACUGAUCCAAGGCUACCUGACAACCCCAUUAUCUUUGCAUCUGAUAGCUUCUUAGAGCUUACAGAGUAUAGUCGUGAAGAAAUCUUGGGAAGAAAUUGCAGGUUUCUGCAAGGACCUGAAACUGAUCCAGCAACAGUGCGAAAAAUUAGAGAGGCUAUUGACAACCAAACAGAAGUUACUGUGCAGCUCAUUAAUUAUACAAAGAGUGGUAAAAAGUUCUGGAACCUGUUUCAUUUGCAACCUAUGCGUGAUCAGAAGGGAGAAGUACAAUAUUUUAUUGGAGUUCAACUGGAUGGUAGUCAACAUGUGGAGCCUCUUCACAACCGCAUUGCAGAAAAUACUGCAAAGGAGGGAGAAAAAUUGGUAAAAGAGACUGCAGAAAAUAUUGAUGAUGCAGUGAGAGAACUUCCAGAUGCCAAUUCGAAACCUGAAGAUCUAUGGAUAAAUCAUUCAAAACUGGUUCAGCCCAAACCUCAUAGGAGAGAGGACGCUGCUUGGAAAGCCAUUCAGAAGAUCCUAGACAGUGGAGAACAGAUAGGUUUGAAGCAUUUUAAGCCAAUUAAACCUUUGGGAUCAGGAGAUACUGGCAGCGUUCAUCUGGUGGAGCUAUGUGGAACUGGUCAACAUUUUGCCAUGAAGGCUAUGGAGAAGGGUGUUAUGCUCAAUCGUAACAAGGUGCAUAGAGCUUGCACAGAGAGAGAAAUCCUUGACAUAUUGGACCACCCUUUUCUUCCUGCAUUAUAUGCUUCCUUUCAGACCAAAACACAUGUUUGUUUGAUAACUGAUUACUGUCCUGGUGGAGAACUAUUCCUGCUUCUUGAACAACAGCCAUCAAAGGUCCUUAAGGAAGAUGCAGUGAGAUUUUAUGCGGCUGAUGUAGUUGUUGCAUUGGAGUACCUUCAUUGUCAAGGGAUAAUAUAUCGGGAUUUGAAGCCAGAAAAUGUGUUACUCCAGAACAAUGGACAUGUGUCUCUAACAGAUUUUGAUUUGUCAUGCUUAACAUCUUGCAAACCACAGCUUCUAGUUCCAGUUACAAAUGAAAAGAAGAAACAACAGAAAGGAAACCAGGCUCCAAUAUUUAUGGCUGAACCUAUGAGAGCAUCAAAUUCUUUUGUUGGCACAGAAGAGUACAUAGCUCCGGAAAUUAUAACGGGUUCCGGCCAUACUAGUGCUGUGGAUUGGUGGGCUCUUGGAAUUCUUCUAUAUGAAAUGUUUUAUGGGUAUACACCAUUCAGGGGAAAGAAUAGGCAAAGAACAUUUUCAAAUAUUCUCCACAAGGAUCUGAAAUUUCCCAAAAGUAAACAGGUAAGUCUCAGUGCAAAGCAGUUAAUGUACCGGUUGUUGGACAGAGACCCCAAAAGCAGAUUGGGUUCACAGGGAGGAGCAAAUGACAUUAAGCAUCACCCCUUCUUCCGGGGUGUCAACUGGGCCCUAGUUCGUUGCAUGAAACCUCCAGAGCUUGAUGUUCCUCUCUCCAACACAACUGAAGAAGAUAAGGAAGCCAAAUUCGUAGAUCCUGGCCUAGAGGAGAUAAAUGUCUUCUGAAAGGUUAAAGUUGGGUUCUUGAGCAAUUAAUGGAAUUUUAAUCUGUUGCUUUAGUAGUGGACAAGGCCUGAAGCUAUCCCAGUUAAGCAAUCCAAGUUUGAUUUUGAUCAUGGUCAUUGUAAUUUAUGAAUAAUGGUGUGAUGUUUCUAAUUUGCCAAGUGAUGGUGUAAAUCUUUUUACAAUAAUUUAUUCAGUGUUUUC